AUGGCUUCUGUACAGCCUGUUAAUGAAACAACAAAGCCAGUGGCUAGUUCAACAGACUCGGGAGACGAGAGUGAUGUUAGUGACGCUUAUGAUGAUGUGAUAGAAAUCAGUCCGUGUAAAAGAUGGGAAAAACGACGAAUUGAGGUGAACAAAUCUAGUCUUUUUGUUUAUUUGUAUGAAGUUCUGUGUUUUAUUGAUAGUUGUUUGUCGUAGUAAUAAGUAGACAUUAACUACUCAAGGACAAAUGUCAAAUAUGCUACCUCCCCCCCCCCCCCACAAUGACAAAAUCCAGUCGGAGGGGAGGGAGCAACUCCCCCCACCCAGUAUUCACUCCAGCUUUUCAUUUACGCUUGUUUUUCAUGUGCCAAACUUAAAUUUGCUUUACAUUGUUGACAAGGGAGGGGAGGGGGGUUAAAAUGUUUGGAAGGGGUUAGAAUUUUUUGCUUUUUUGACUAUUAUCUUAGUUUAAUACAUACUUCUUGCUUUUCAAUUUAUUUUUCCAAUACUUACUUCGAAAAUUUGCCCUACUUUCAUUGAAAACAGGAUCUGAAACAGUAGAUUUAACUACAAUCCAUCCUGCAGGUAACCCAACGUGAUGUGCCAGGAAUUGAUAAAGCUUUCCUUGCGAUGGACACAGAAGAAGGUGUUGAAGUUGUUUGGAAUGAGGUUCAGUUUUCACAAAGAAAGAGUUAUAAAGCACAAGAGGUGUGCUAUAAAUCUUUAAUUCUUUAAUUAACUGUGUGUACGAUAUUGACUAUAAAGUUCAUAUAUUUAUUGUUUGUCCGACCCAAGAGUAUUGGUGCCCGACUGAACUCAGGUUUUUUUCCAGGGAUUUUUUAGGGCUGUUAAAUGGCCCCAAAAACUCAAUCUUGAAUUGAGUUUUGAAACUCAAUCUUCUCACCAAAGUUUCAGUGCAGUAAAAAUGAAGUUGUUUGAGUUAAAUUCGUGACAUGUGAAAAUUAGUUUUCAGUUGGAAACCCGACAAAUAAAAAAAAAUGGCUGGAAUUCAUCUCACAACACAAGAAAAACUAUGCAUUCGCCAUCUUUAACCAGUUUAUAGUGUCCCUUAGUGCCCCUGUUUUAACACAUUCCAUCUCAACUACAUUUAUUGAGAACAGGUGUCAGCCCCUGGUAGGGGGGAGGGGGGGUGCAGCCACCUGUUCAGCUAAACUCAAUCUUCUCUGCAAAAAUGGACCCAAGAGAAAAUCCUGAAAAAAACCUGGAACUGUAGCUUUGUCCAACAUAAUUCAAAAGGUACCCUAGUCCAGCACUAGAGCAGCCUUUCAGGUAUCCGUUUGAAGUCCUGGCUAAUAAUAAUUUGGGUAUGGCCAAUACUGUUUUGCUCUACUGAGGCUCCGGCUAUUAAUUGAUGAGCGAAGCGAGUAUGCAAAGAAUGGAAGAUCGAAGCUUCAAGAGCACUGCGAGUUGAGUGGUGGGCAAAGGCUUACAAGCUUUGUCUAUUUGGUAUAUUGUCUGAGUGCAAGACUGGGCUACAAAUUUCAGUUUGUCAUGACUGCAAGUACCAGCGAAUUACACACAGCCUCUGGCGAAUGGCUGUCAAAUGUCUUCUUAGCGCUGGCGAAAUUUGCCGUUCGCCGGCCUAAAACAAGAUGGGUGCUAGAGGCUUGUAUAAUGUUAAAUAGAGAAUCAGAGUAGUGUAUAAAAAGUGAACUGGAAAUGUUGUUUUAAAUUAAUUAAUGUAAUCAAGGGCGGGGCGCUGAGCGAAAUGGUGAAGUGGAAAAUGGGCUUCAGUAAUUGUCGGGCUUAUGUUUUUUUCCAAGUUGAACCCUAUUAUACUUUAUAGUAACUACCAGUUUAUUUGAAUUUUAGGCUACGAUAAAAACAAUAUUUCAAAAUUUAACCAAACUUAAGGUAGGUAAUGCAUUCUUAAGAAAUGCCUUCAGAGGCUACAUUGUUGUUUUUUAUACAAAAUCAUAAAGAAAUUCUGGGAAACAUCUUUGUUUGUUUUUCACAGCAUCCAAACAUCGUAAAAUUUCACAGGUUUUGGAAUGACAUGCAAGGUGACAAGGCACGGCUUGUCUUCAUUUCGGAAUAUAUGACCUCUGGAUCGUUGAAAAAAUUCCUCAAGAAGACACGGACAAACAACAAGACAAUCAGUGCUAAG